UCCAUGGGGGGAGGGGAGCUGAGUGCUCACUCUGUUGUCACUGGCUAGAGAGAGAGAGAGGGAGAGGGAGAGGGAGAGGUAGAGGGAGGGAGGGAGAGAGAGUGGAGUUGUGUCCCAUAUGUGGAAAAAAAGCAUAGCAGUGCACACACGAGUCUGGUCUGCUCCAGGGAUUAUCGUAGCGCUCUCAGAUCUGAUGGAAGACAUGCAGGCAUGAAUAGGGCUGUUCUGUUGUCAAUGCGAGCUCAUGCUAGUGAUGGACUACAGCCGGACGGACGCUAACCUUAGCGGGCAUUCGCAAAACAGCAUUCGUCCUCACUGAGACCAGCUCCACAGAAUGCUGAGUCCUAUUGUCCCCUAUAGCCUGUUAAAGAUGCACUGGAACCCAGAGCAUGCCCAGCCUCUCAGCCAGUGGCCUGAGCAGCACCUGGACGUCUCCUCCACCACCUCCUCUCCGGCCCACAAGUCGGAGUUCUACGCCGGCCGUGGUCGCGGCGGCUCCAACUACGCCUGGGCCAAUGACGACAUCUCUGCUCUCACAGCCUCCAACCUGUUGAAGCGCUACGCUGAGAAGUAUUCUGGCGUGCUAGACUCACCGUAUGACCGGCCACCUGCCGUGGGCGCCUACCCAGAGCCGGGGGUCUUUGGGGGGCUCACCAUCCCAAAGACUGAGCUGGAGCCCUGGCCACUGACACACAGCACUGAUGCCUCCUAUUCCCUGUUGCCCCCUGGAGGCCACGACAGCCUCUCAGGUUCCAAGGCUGUAGCCACAUCUGCAGGCCCUCCGGGGGUUGGUAGCGUUUCGGUGGUGAACAGUAACCUCUCAGACUCGGGCUACAGCGGCAGCAGCUCCUGCAGCGGCUCCAGCGAGUACCCCUCUAGCUACAACGGCACCUAUCUUUCCUCAGGGUACUGUCCCCAACCCGGUGCAGCACUUCCCCCUGCCUCCCUCCACACCCUGCAAUCCACCCCCACCCUAGUGCCCAGCUAUAGCCCCACCACACCUGUGUAUAACUACCCGCCUAGCACGUACCCUCCCCAGACCAGCCUUGCCCCCAGCUACAGCCACCCCUCUGCAACGUACCUGCCCUCAGGUCUACCCGCCCCUACUCCCGUUCCCUCGAGGCCCACAGUGGUAGGAGGCAGCUACGGUUACCAGAGCACCAACCUCGGGACAUCUGAGUCUGGAGGGACAUUAAAAAGAAAAGCAUUCGAGAUGAGUAUAGAAGAGGAUGAGAGCGGGGACGGGUCUCGUUACAGGAAAUAUAGCUAUGACCAGUUGAAGGCCGGGGGACACUCACCCUACAGCGUGAAUGACAAAACAGAGUGCCGGGGAAACGGCUUCAGCACUUCAGGCAGCACAGACCCUCAAACCUUCAAGCCCAGCAAGCCCUCCUCCCAGCCCCUGGUGUCUCCUCAGUACGGGGCAGCUGGGGAGUACAGCCCUCCAGCGGGCAUGACGGGGGAGAAUGGCGUAGCUGAGCAGGGCUUCAUCCAACAGCAGCAGCACCGCUCCCAGGCCCACAAACGGCCCCCAUUGUGUGCUCCGAUUAUUGAGACUAUGAAGAGCCCAGACCCCCGACUGUUGGACCUUGUCAAUGGGGAGUUACUGGACUGCAGCCCGGCACUGGGCUGGGGCGAGCUGGCCGGGCUCACCCAUGUCAAGGCUGCCCUGGAGGAGGACCUGCUGUGGCCCGUGUUGAGGCCCAGUCCAGUGAUGCGGCCGCCAAGAACCGUCCUGCUGUUCGGCCCCCGGGGAGGAGGUAAGACGAUGUUGACUCGUUCUCUGGCUUCACAGUUGGGGGCUUCCUUCUACCGGCUGAGUGGAGCCAUGCUGGCCUCUAAAGGGAAAGCUGAGGCAGAGCACAUUCUGGGGUCUCUUUUGCAGGUGGCCGGGGCGCGGCAGCCCUCUGUAGUGCUGCUCAGCCAGGUGGAGGCCAUGGAGGAGGAGGGGCUGAGGCAGACACUGCUGACCACCCUGGAGAAAGCCCAGGUGGGGACCACAGGUCUGGUGAUUCUUGUAUGUGCCACUGGUAGGCCAGAUCUGCUGCAAGACGCAGUUCACCGGAGCUUUGCCAAGCGAUAUCACGUCGGCCUGCCAGACGUGGGGAUGCGCAGGCAGGUGCUGCUGCAGGCGCUGUCGCCCCAGGGCUGCACCCUGAGCGAGAGGGAGCUGAGCGCUGUGCUGCAGCGCACCGAGGGCUUCUCGGUGUGGGAGCUGCUGCAGCUCAGCCAGCACGCACUCUCCUCAGCAUCCUCCCCCACCGGGGCCAUGCAUGGCCACCCCACAUCCUCCAAACCCCCAGCCUUCACAGACUUUGAGAAUGCCUUCUGCAAGGUGCGCCCACACACCACCACAAAAGAACUGGACACUUGUAUAGAGUGGAGCAAGAUGUAUAACCACUGAGAAAGCAGCCAGUCACUAUACUCGGACUGCGUUACCACCCUGUCUUUGCUUCGACAUGGAAAGCCUUGGGAAUGUUUUUGUUGUUGUUUUGUAAUUACAGAUUAUGCAGCCAAAAGAGCCAGAGAAGCUCAGCGAUACGGGAGGGGCUGACAAAGUUGUUUUGCUGGCAGAAGCAUGCCAUGGUGUGCUGUUUUCGUUUUCGUAUGAAUAUCCGCAAUAUUUUGUUUUUCCCAAAGAAAAGAAAGAUGAAUAGGCCUUGUUGAGUGGGGUAGUGUAUUAGUCUUUUGGCCAACAGGAAAAUCAGAUUAUAUACUAUUUGGGUACUCUCAGAGAUCCUGAUUAACCUUGGUCUGGGACAAAAUCAAUUAUUUGUUGCAAGGUGACGUGGUCCAAGAUUAUGGAUAAUCAGGGUUUGGAAAAUCCCCCCUUUGACUGCUACUCUCAGGAUCCUAUUUAUUGCCAGUCCACUUCCAUGCUAUCCUAAUGUUGAUAGAGUCAUGGGAUUGUCACUGAUUAUUCAGCACGAAGGGCUUGGGAUCAGCACAUUUCAACAAACCACAGUUUUUUGACCAAAAAAGACGUCAAACCAAAUGCAUAAUCAGCAGCGUUGCUAUAAUUCUCAAAACAGACUCAAAAUCACAAAGAAUAAAAGAAUCCCUCUCAAAUCCAAACAUGCUGCUGUCCUUCCCCCGGAGUUGAGUUGUUCAAGUAAAACCUUGCAGUCACUCAACAUGUUGUUGGUUGUAGAAAUACUUCACACACAAUAGUACUAUACUCACACUUUAAAUAGAACAAUUUACUUAACUUCUACAUACAUUUUGUUCUCGAUCUCACAUUCCUCAUCGUCUGCAGUUUUCCUGAGAAUCUCACUUCCAGAACAAAAGCGUGUACCUACAGCGUGUCUGUUUUCUCUUCCACUUACUCCUUUUCGUUUUCUUAGUGUGUACUCUUGUUUGAAAUGCUCAGGAAGAAUUUCUUUACCUCAGAAAUAUGAAAUAAAGAAUGUAUGUAAUCUUAGGGUCUUAGUAGAAAGCGCCGCGGAGCGAGGAGAAACCUGACAGUCUUGUAACACCCACUACAGCUGGGCUUUUACCUCGGGAGAGAAACUUGAAUAUGCUACAAAGAGUAACAUUGAAUGUAAUUCAGGUAUUUCAAAGGAUAUUUGAUGCCAUAAAUCCAUGUAUUAUUAUAUAUGAAUAUAUAAAUAAGUUUUUCUUUUCUGUUCUUUUACCCUUUUAUUUUUAUUGUAGUUUAUGGUGGAGUGAUGAUUGUCUUCAAGAAAUGCUAUGUAGAAUACAGAAAAUAUUCCUAUUUUUGUUGGACAAACUGUUUGCAAAUGUUACUUCGUGUUUACCUGUAUAUGCAUGUCUGCUGUUUUAUAGUUUCACGGCUGCAAAAUUUGAAAAUGUAAAUACAAUGCACACAAUCAUACAUGUACACUCACAGUGAGCACAAAAUACCUUCCAAAAAGAGAACACAAAAGGCUAUUCGUAGCUUUUCAGCUAAUCCCAAAGUCUAAGAAUUCACAGUUUAUGUGUACAUAUUGUGGAUGAACAUGUAGACAAUCCAGACAAAUCUCUCCUUUUCCACCAGUUCUGUUUUAACAAGCUGGAAAAACCCGGUCACUGGGCUGCUGGUGCAGAGGUCGUACAUGUUAGACUGUUGCCAUGGUCCUGAGGAGGUAUACACACAAUGAUGUAAUAUUUCCCACUGCCCUUUCCUCCCUCCCUCCCUCCCUCAUCAUUAUUUUUCUCUUUUUCUCUCUCCCCAGUGCAAUCUCAUUAGAUUGGAUUGCCCCCUGGCCACGAGCCCCAGUGGCCAUGUGGCGUUGUAUCCUCUCCCCCCCUCUCUCUUUUCUCCCUCCCCUUCCCUUGUACCGAUUCCUCUGGAGUGGAAGUGGUCUGAUUGAUGUCCAGCAACCCUAUAUCACAGUGCAGCCGUCCCUCUCCAGCUGGUGGCUUCAGUCAUGCCAUACAGCCAGAUCAAUCAGAGUGACCCCCGCUGUGCAUACUGAUCAGCGAAACCGAAAACACAUUUACAACUUACAGAACAACCCAUGCCUCCAGCGGCACGCUCUAGAUAACGAUAGCGAUUAUUCACAUGUAAUUACAGCAAUUAAAUAAUAACGAUGACUUAAAGGUAGGGCUGACCCGAAUGCUUCGAAGCUUCGACCGUUACCUCGGUAUUCAACCUCAAAAUCAGUAUUCAAAUGCUUCAUUUUUUAGUUUAUGUAUAAGUAUAUAAUCAUGUAUAAAUACCAAAAUAGCCCAUGAAAUAAGGAAUAACCCAUCGACCUUCACACCUACGGGCGAUUUAGAGUCAACAAUUAACCUAACCUGCAUGUCUUAGGACUGUGGGAGGGAGCCGGAGAACCCGGAGGAAACCCACGCUAAUACGGGGAGAACAUGCAAACUCCACACAGAAGGGGUCCUUAUAAGGAAUAAUCACGUAACAUUUUUCAUGUCCCGGGCACUGAAACGAUGGAAAUGGAGACAGACAAACAAGAACAUGUCAGCCUGCUGCGCCGCGCCGCAAAGCGAAGCUUCGAAUACCUUUGAAUUAUACUCCCCAAAGCUACGAAGCCCAAAAAAAUAGUAUUCGGAAAAGCCCUACUUAAAGGUAUAAGUAGCUAGAACAUUUUUGAUUUGCUGUCGUGCCCACUACUCCCGACAGUUUGUCCAACAAAACAAGCUUUUAUUUUUUACAUGUUUUGAUCUGUUAUGGCGGUAACUUUGUUCUUGGUUAUUGUACAUUUUCUGUAACCAUUUCUACCUCAUUUUUGCGGCAUAUUGUACAUGAAAGUAUUUAUUUCAUGUCUUUUUUGAUGUCUGUUUUAAACAUGAUAAUAAUGUUCUUGAACUGUAAUGGUCUACCUCAGAAAAGACUGUAUUUUAAGAGAAGAGUAUCACACAAUAUUAAACAGAAUUUGUCAAUAUUGCA